AUGUUGAACGUUUUGGCUGCGCUCAUAGCUUUAGAAUUUGGAGGUGAAAUACUUAAGUUCUUCUUUGGAACCUUAGACGCAGAAGAUGCACGCAACUAUGACGCUGCGAUUGACGCAUGCGAGAAAAAUGAACAUGAGUUAUUUCGACUUAUAAAGGAUAAUAUCCAUAUCGUCAAAUCUUCAAUUAAUUCAUUUAACGCCACAAUUACAAAACUGAAUCAAAACGAGAUUAAACUGAACUCUCAAAUAAAUAGACUUAAUGAAAUACUUUCUUUUGUGACAAAAAAUAAUGAUAAAAUAUUUUUAUUAACUAAACUUAAUAAUCUAGUAAAUAUUAUAGAAGGCUCUUUACUUACCAUUUCUAAUUUCUUAGAUAUUAUUAUAAAUGCUAUUCUAUUCUCUAAAGCUAAUAUCUUACAUCCCUCUAUAUUAUCUCCUAGUAAAUUAUACAAUGAACUAAGUUUCAGAAGUAAUUCUAUUAACAAUAAAUUAGAUUUUCCUGUACCCCUAAGGCUUGAUAAUAUACACACUAUUAUAGAUGUAUCGAAACUUAUUUCUUAUUAUUAUAAUAACAAAAUCAUUUUUAUACUUCAAAUACCUCUCAUACAUCCUAUCAAAUAUAUAGUCUAUAAAAUCAUUCCACUGCCUACUCCACACGAUAAAACAAACCCUAAUACCUUCGCCUUAAUAACUCCUUCUAAAACAUACAUCGCCUUAACAGAUGAUAGAUUACAUUACACUUUGUAUGAUAAUUUGCAACAAUGUUCACAUGUAAACAAUGAACAUAUGAUUUGUCCACUAGGAAGCGUUUAUUCUAGUAUUACAAAUCCAUCUUGUGAAACCAAACUCUUAACCGAAGUGAACCUGUCGUUACCUAGUGAGUGUAACUCGAAACUUUUAUACGGAGACGUGGACAUAUGGCAAAAAUUAAAUAAUAAUGAGUGGAUCUUUGUGCAAUCAAAACCAAAUAAGUUAACAGUGCAGUGUGAUAACAGUGACAUGAAGAGUUAUCCGAUUAUCGGAACUGGUAUUUUAAGACUAACAGAAAACUGUAUAGCAUUUUCAAAAACCAUUAGAUUAGAACCCUCUGUUUCAACCAGCUUAGUAUUUACGGAUCAACUAAAAGUAGAUUUUGAUAUUAUUCAAGAUGACUGUUGUAAAAAGGAUAUUUUAAACAAAUCGAUACCUUUGUUAUCACCUAUAUCUUUAAGUAACAUUAAUCUAGACUCUUUAAAAUAUUCUUAUAACCAAUUAGAGAAUUUGGAAAACGAACUUAAUAGGAUCAAUAACGAAUCUCACUUUGUAAAGUAUAGCAGUUAUUAUUCAUCUCUUACCAUUAACUACACGAGGACGUGUGAAUCGUCAGUUCUGGCCGUGUCGGAGUCAGUCGUCACAUCAACGUAA